CUCAGUCUCGCUGUGUGUGUUCUGGUGCUCGCACGACGUAGCACGUGAGCCAACUGGGUCCGUCUCUCGCACUCGCCAGCUCGACCCCGGCCGCUCGCUCGCAAGAAUAGACCGCGCGAAUCGCACCCAAAGCACAUUCCGCUGAUUUGAACGUGUACUUCAACUCUGUUGUCGCUCGAGAUAAGCUCUACAGUGUGGCAAGAAACGAAGCAGCUUCCAAUCUGAGCCCAGCGGCCGCCUUACAUACCAAGCAGGUGGUCUCAAUGAAAUAUGAACAACUUCCGGGCAAAAGAAGGUCUAGUCUCCAGAUUGUGUCAUGUAGGCUUGCUAACGCGAUGAGGGCGUUAUGGUGGCUGGUGCCCCUGCUGCUGGGGCCCCCAGCGGGAGCCAUGUGCCCCUCGCAGUGCAUGUGCGACGACGCAUCGCUGGUGGCGUCCUGUGAGAACGCACAGAUCGGAGUCAUGCCCAUACAGUUGAACCCCGAGGUGGAGACGAUCCGGCUCAAGGGCAACAGCAUCACCACCCUCGAGCUGUCUUUGUCCUUCUACGCGCGUGUCCGCUCACUCGACGUUUCAUUCAACCUUCUUCAAAACCUUGGCUCUGGCUUAUUUCAAGAGCAGAGUCGAUUGGCAGAGUUAAACGUGAGCAACAAUGAAAUCACAAUGAUUUUCCCUGAGGCGUUCUCUGGUUUGACCGAGCUGCGUGUCCUCGAUUUGUCCAACAACCAAAUCUCCAGUGCCAGUGAGGGCAGCGUCUGGAAGGGCCUCGAGAGCUUGUGGGAGCUCAAUCUUUCACACAACAGACUGGACGCUCUCGCGGCAAAGGUCCGCCCGAAAUCUUCUACCUCGGACGACGACAAUGACUGCGCGCCGUUGCGUAACCUGCGCACCCUGACGCUGGAUGGCAACCUGUUCUCGUUCCCACCGUCCAACUGCCUGGCCCACCUGGACUCGCUGCGCCAACUCGGGCUGGCUGACAACAGACUGACCUUCAUCGGAGACGAGGACUUCCCCGCUGCCCUUAGUGACCUGCAGGCCCUGAACCUGCAGGGCAACCAAAUCUCCAGCCUGUCACCAAAUUGCUUCGCCAAUCUGUCGCAGCUGCACGCUCUCGACCUAGCGGACAACAACAUUACGUUUGUGCCGACAAACUCGCUAGCUAGGCUGAAAUCCCUUCAGGACCUUGACCUCAGCGGAAACCCCAUUACCAGAAUCGCACCGCUUGCCUUUCAGGCGCUGUUCGAGUUGAGAAGACUGCGAGUGUCUCGUCUGAGUGAGCUGGAGCACAUUGAUCCGCGAGCCCUGGCGGAGAAUGUGCGCCUCGAGGAGGUCCGCCUCGAGUUGUGUCCUCAACUGAAAAGGCUGCCGCCGCGCCUUUUCCACUCCAACCCUUUGCUCACCAGAGUCGCCCUCAGGGGCAACGCGCUGCAGACAAUAGCGCCCGGCGACCUGCCGCACCGCCAGCUGCGCUACCUCGCGCUCGCGGACAACCCUUUCAGAUGCAACUGCUCCCUCCUCUGGCUAUGGAAGCUGGCCAGAAACUCUGCGCAGAAAAUUGCCUCCAGGAACCCAGCGUAUGGCAAUCAUACGCCAGCGUGGGCAGCAACCGCUGGCGGCGCUUCCUGCUGGGAGCCUCUGCCCGUCAGAGGCAUCCCGGUCUACAAGGCGCCUGAAGAGACAGUUGGCUGCGAGGCCUCGUGGGGCACUGUGUUGAUGGUGACUGGCGUGGUCCUCUCGUUAUUCACAGUCACCUGCGCCAUCCUGUUCUACUGCGGCGGUGGCGGCCGGUGGUGCAGACCAGAAACCACCGAUACACCCUCUUCCAGAAGCAAUGGGUUAAAAGAUACAAUCGUGUUGCAGCACUACCCGCAGCCACCCCAAAACAACAUGUACCACCAGCAUCACUUGCUGCACCACCACCACAUGGGUCUGGGCCCGCCACACAUGUGGACCGAUCCGGACCAAGUGGUGCCCCCCGAGUAUGAAUACUCGACCACGGACGGUGGGGUCAUUUCGGUGAAAAAGCCCUCGACGUCCAACUCGCUGGGAGUAUAUGUGUGACAUCCGGCCCGGACCCCGCAUACCACCCUAGUGUAGCCGGGUCCGCCUCUGCCGCCACCUCUCCGCCCCUGACGAACUGUUCCGAGCAAACACCACAUGUUAUGAUUGUUUCCUUUUCAAUAUGCGCAAUAAUGUUGGCUAGUGAUUAGUCUUCCUGGACUGAGAAAAAAAUGUGAGCGUGGCGCACCCUCAUGAGAGCGGAAACCUGCCUGCCAAAAGUGUGUGCCCUCGAUGGUUCACAAGUAAAAAACAUCCCAGCUGAGUGUGAAUAUUUAUAUGAGAAAUUGAGAGAUUCCAGAGCAAAUAUGUGAUCAAGAGGCCAAAAUUAAAUUCAACAAGGAAAUAUUGCGAGAAUAUGGAAUGAAAUAUUUGAAUGGAAAUAAGUUCAUCACAUAUUUUGCUUGGAUAUCUCAAUAAAGUAUCCUGGGCAUAAAAAGACAAACUAAACUAAACUAAAUUAUGGAAACUGAAUCAGCAGCGACUUGUUGGUACAUUCGGAAGGAAAAAAAUCGAAUAUUUUCGCAUUUCUGCAUUGUUUUCGAUAAUAAUAUAUGCCUCUGGCUUGGAGACGUGUGUAAAUAAGCAAAAAACCAAGAAGAAUAAUUUUUAGAUAUCAAUGUAUGUAAAAUAAUCAAAAUGGCGCAAAUUGGAAGUGUAAUAAAAAAUUAGUCAAAGAUACGUUUUGUAUAUAACAAACCGGAAACUCAAUGCUAAAUUUCCACGUGAAAAUUGUGAUGAAUGCCAACUUGUAGCUGCUGCAAAAAGUACACCCUGCCAGUAUAAUAAACAGUCAUGAAAUGCGGCGCUUUUUACUCAAUUAUUAACCAUGGAAAUAUCUCUCGCCAUGUUAUUCUGUUAUUGUAACCAGCCCUCAUAAACAAAACAUAGUGCAAUAAUAAUUAAAUGAAUUAUCAAAGUACAUAUUGUGUAUUUCCAAAUCGCAAGCAAUUAAUAGCAGUAGAUUGUCCAUUUGUUGAAUACCGUUUUGGCUAUCCAAUGAUUUUUUAUGUAAGUCUGACAUAUUCUGUAAAUAAUAAUGAUAUGAAAUUUGUAAGCUUAGAAGUUUGAUUAAUAAAAGAACGUCAUAAAAUCUAAAAA